CGCGCGAGGGUCCGGGGCCCGCGCUUUGCCUUCUGCUCCUCUGCAGCCGUCUACGUUUUCUUAAUUCUUCCUUUCCUUAUUUUUUCUCCUCCCUUUGAAAUUUUGAACAUUUUGCAACACUGAGUGUUGGAGGCAGGUGUGAACGAGCAUCCUGCACAGGGUCGGAGGAGUCCGCGGCGCUGGAUGCGCUCUCCCUGGACUGUCCGCACUGAGAACCCGAAAGUUUUUUUGUUUUGUUUUUAAAUUUUGAUAUUUGUAUGCUGAUGUAUUUACAAAGACAGAAGUGAUUAUUAUUAUUAUUUUCUUCCUUGUCUGCGCUGUUUUGAAAGCGAGUACUUUUGGUUGGCAAAGGACGAAGGAAAAAAGCUCAUCAACAUUUCGGGGCGGCGAUUGGCCUUCUUUUUAAAAGACAAUUGAGUGCAUCACGAUGGAGAAAAUGUCCCGACAGCUCCCCCUGAACCCCACUUUUAUCCCGCCUCCCUACGGCGUGCUCAGGUCCCUGCUGGAGAACCCGCUGAAGCUCCCCCUUCAUCCUGAAGACGCAUUUAGCAAAGACAAAGACAAAGGAAAGAAGCUGGAUGAUGAUAAUCACAGCCCGACCGUCCCCCAGUCGGCCUUCCUGGGACCCACCCUAUGGGACAAAACUCUUCCUUAUGAUGGAGAUACCUUCCAGUUGGAAUACAUGGACCUGGAGGAGUUUCUGUCAGAGAAUGGCAUCCCCCCGAGUCCAUCGCAGCACGACCACAGCCCUCACCCUCCUGGCUUGCAACCUGCUUCGUCCACGGCUCCUUCCGUCAUGGAUCUCAGCAGCCGGGCUAGUGCACCCGUCCACCCUGGCAUCCCGUCUCCGAACUGUAUGCAGAGCCCCAUCAGACCAGGCCAGCUGUUGCCAGCAAACCGCAAUACACCAAGUCCCAUUGACCCUGACACCAUCCAGGUCCCAGUAGGGUAUGAACCGGACCCAGCAGACCUUGCCCUCUCCAGCAUCCCAGGGCAGGAAAUGUUUGACCCUCGCAAACGGAAGUUCUCUGAGGAAGAACUGAAGCCACAGCCCAUGAUUAAGAAAGCUCGCAAAGUCUUCAUUCCCGAUGAUUUGAAGCAGGAUGACAAGUACUGGGCGAGGCGCAGAAAGAACAAUAUGGCAGCCAAGCGCUCCCGUGAUGCUCGGCGGCUGAAAGAGAACCAGAUCGCAAUCCGGGCCUCAUUCCUGGAGAAGGAGAACUCGGCCCUGCGCCAGGAGGUGGCUGAUUUAAGGAAGGAGCUGGGCAAAUGCAAGAACAUACUUGCCAAGUACGAGGCCAGGCAUGGGCCCCUGUAGGAUGGCAUUUUUGUGGGCUGGCUUUUGAAUAGAUGGACAGCUUGUUUCCUGUCUGGUAGCACCACACCCAAACCAACCUUUCUGACAUCAGCACUUUACCAGAGGCAUAAACGCAACUGACUCAUAUUUCAGUGUGCAUCUGUGCGUAUGUAUGUUUGUGUGCGUGUGUGUAUAUAUGUGCUUAUGGUCCCAUGUGUGGUCAGCGGUGUGCAUGUGUGAGUGUGUGUAUGUGUGUAUUCCUUCACACUUGUCGUUUAAAGAUAGUCCUCUUGUUGUCUUUUAGUUCCAAACAAGAAAGGUGCCAUGUUUUUAUUAGACCCUGGAGACCCCCGCGGGGUUUCCUCCCCUUCCUUCUUCCCUCCCGCCUCUUUCUGCCUUGCUGUGUGUUCUGGUGAUCUUACUUUGCCAGGGUCUGUGUGGCUUCAGGAAGCAGGGCCCUGGAUCUCAGUCAUCAAGACCAUAAGCUCUUGUUUCUGUUUCAACCAUGAAUUACCAUGCUAAAAAGGUGCAUAGCAUAGCCUAGCAUUAGCUGCAGCUGAAUUCCUUUAUAGGUUGCCCUCCCCCCCACCUGCUUCCCUUUUUCCUCUCUACUCUUUCUCAUUUUCCUUUCAGUUUUGGUGAUAAUUGUCUUCAAAUUCAAAGUGCUGUUUAGAUUUAGUAGAUUCCCAUAUUUACUUACUGCUACCUACUAAGUUUCCUUUUAAUUCUACCGACCCCAGAUAAGUAAGUACCAUUAUAGAACACAGAGUGUGUUUUGCACUGUCUGUACCUAAAGCAAUAAUCCUAGUGUACGCUAGAGCAUGCUGCCUGAGUAUUAACUAGUGGACGUAGGAAAAUUUUCCCUACCUAGGAACUUCACUGUCUUUUAAAAAUCAAAAAUAAAGUAAUGCAUAUGCGCAUGACCAGAAUAUUCUCAGGACAGGGAAGGAAGAGGGCACUGGAAGGCCUAAGAAUGAGGGGUUAAUUUAUCAGUAUGUAAGCCAAAAAAAAAUUAAUGCAUCUUGGAGAAACCUUUGCCGUAGAUGUGCCCCGUCUCGCCGUCUCCCCUUCCCAUGCCCAGCCCGUUCCCACUUUUCUAGAUCACUUUUUCCAUUUCCCUCUUGAUAUUCAAAAUGAUUGACUUAAGAUUCAGUUCACCCACUUUUUUGUGUAAUAUAUAUUUUUGGGACGAUAUUUUGCUGUUUUUAAGAAAUCAGUUAAUUAAGUUAAAAAAAAGUCAGUGUUUUGUGAAGCCCUUCCCCCUUGACCGCCUGUGGUGUCCUUUUUUGAAUGCCUCACAAAUGAAUGAUUCUGGAGCCCGUGUUUCUUAUCCUCUGUUUGCUUCUGAACAUAUGUGCGCCUAUCAAGCGGACUUCUGAAAAAAAAAUGAAUGUAAAAGACACUGGUGUAUCUCAGAAUGGGAUGGUGUUGUCACAAACUGUGGUUUAUCCAAUCAAUUUAAAUGUUUACUGUAGACCAAAAGGAGAGAUUAUUAAAUUGUUUAAUGUUUAUACAGAGUAAUUAUAGGAAGUUCUUUUUUUGUACAGUAUUUUUCAGAUAUAAAUACUGACAAUGUAUUUUGGAAGACAUAUAUUAUAUAUAGAAACGAGAAAAAAAGGAAAACUAUUCCAUGUUUUAAAAUUAUAUAGCAAAGAUAUAUAUUCACCAAUGCUGUUCGGAGGAGUGCUUGGGGUUUUUUGAAGUCUUUAAUAUUUUAAACCUAUUACUGACACAUCAGCAUGUUUUCUGCUUAAAAUUAAAAUUUUAUGACAAUACCGAGGCUUGCUGUGACGGAUCCUGCUCCAAUGCUUUCUUGUUUCUUAUUAGGUCUCAGAAGGAAGUCAGUUAACGUCACCCAAAAGCACAAAAUGGGUUUUAGUCAAAUAUUUAUUGGAUGAUACAGUGUUUUUUAGGAAAAGCAUCUGCCACAUAAAUGUUCACUUCAGAAUUCUGAGUCGCUGGAAUGGAGUGUUGUCGCCAGAGCCCCAGAUGAUUCUGUUCUCUUUCGGCCUGUGCAUCUCCUGCAGUGUAAGGUUGACCUCGGUGCUAUGUGUAUGGCUAAGAGUUUGAUAGAUGUUUUGACUUUAAAGAUGGCUGUAAUUUUGUUUCACUGAGUUGUAUAAUGUCAAGAGAGUCUGCUUUUUCUUCAAAGGCACAUUUUGUGCUCGAUUAAAAUCCCCUUUCAUCCA